CUCUAAGCCUCAGGUCCACCCUCCAUCUGUAAAAUUGGAGAAUGGAACAUGAUCUUCAAGGUCCUUUUAUAAUAUCUUUUGGUCUAAAAGCCAAUUCCCCCUUCACACAAAGAGAGAGUGACCUUCAUGAUCUAGGUUCAUCAUUUUCAGGGUGUGGUAGGUGCUAGAAUGUUCUUCCCUUUUUUGAAAAGUUCUGGAACCGAAUGUACCUGAGAUACUCUGACCUUGUGAAGAUGCUGUGACUACUGUGUAAGAAGUAAAUGUUCAUCCUGUCAGCCAAGAAGACUUCGAACCCAAGAGCCACUCAUUGGAGACAAAUUUUGACAAAAUCUGGACCUGGGACAGGAAACUACCACGAGGGGGCAGCGCGCUGCAGGGAAUAUCUUCAUUCCAGUUGGCAAGCAAACCUACCAAACUUCCCCAGCUUCUCCAGUUCCUCCCGUACGUAUUUCCGUUGCUCUGACGCUCUCCUGAUCCAGGGGGUCGGGAAGGAGAAAUCGAUUUUUUGCCUCCCCCAAUCAUCCCUCUUCUCUUAGCCAAAGGGAAAUUCGAGUAGGAGUGAAGAGGUUGUUGCAGUGGGAGAAACUGGAGGCUUUCAAGACAUCUCAAUCAUUGGAAUUGCCUUUCUUUGGAUGUGGGAGAGCACGGAGAGUUUCUGUGGCGAAAGCUUUCAGUCAGAGGAGGGGCAGUGUGUCCCUGCUGGGUACUGAGGGCAGCAAGAGGGCACAAAACAUUGAAGGAUCUGCAGUUUUGCCGGAGGCCUUGCUCAAGCAGCUGCCGAGACGGGUUUGGAGCCGGGGGGUCAAGUGCGUAGACUGUCCUGGAGAACAGAUGCACGGUAAAUUGCGCAGCCAGUGCGAACUUCAGGAAUCUCUCCUUUCCAGUGCUAAUACCAAGCUUAGCUGGAGCAGCCCUGACGGCUGCAGCAGCAUCCCAGGGCAUCGUUGGAGCUGUCAUUCCUCUGGAGGAGCAGAGGGUAGAAGGCUUAGGAUGCUCUAGGGAGUUAGCGGUCUGGAAUGAUGCAUCUGGUCCUCUGCCCAAGUCUCUCUUAAAAUCAAAACAAACAAAUCCCAAUCACAACAGGCUCCAGCGAUGAAGACAAGGACUCUCACAACACAGACAAAACUUUAUGACCCCUUUCGCUUCAGAUCAGCUUGACCAAAUUUCUGAGUUCCACGGUAAAUCUCUUUCUACUGGGGAUGAGAAAAUGGUGAUAAUCUAUAGGAAAAAGAGAGUUUAUCAGUGAUGAGGAGAGAGAAUUGAAGGGUGCUCUCCGUCUUUCUUUUUCACGACUCCGGGAGAAUUAUAUAAGGUGGAUAACUAGCUGCCACCAGUCAAUUAGAGGGAAGAACGAAUUAUUGUAUUAAGAAGUGGAUUUUUGACCUUUCCCUUUACCUCCACCCAUCUUGUGUCCCCAGCAUCCUGCAGUGAAGGUGACUGACUCCCUGCCAGUUUGUUUCAGUCCUAGCUUGCAGUGUACUUUUUUUUUUUUCCUGGAGGAAAAGGGAGGAUCCAGCUAACGCCAAGAGCUCCGGGGAUGGUGUGGUGGAUAGGCGAUAGGGACCUGUGAUCAGGUGGUGGGAAGCCCCAUGGAGAAGCCGCGGAGGCGGUACAGUUUGGCAGGACUGCGGUGGGUAAGCUCUGACAAAGCUCCUGAGACUCCUCUUGUCUUGCUGGUCCAGUUGCUUCUGCGUUUGCUUUCUUACUUUCCUCUGUCUGAAGGAUACCUCACUGUUGCCCUGGACCACCAUUGAACCUUUGGAACCCACUAAGUCAGCCCAGUCCCCCUUCCCCCGGCUGAUUUUACCCUCUGUGCCCCACCCCACCCGUGGAUACGCGUGGGAGACAGGUGUAGCUCAUCUUAUCCUAAUGCCUGCCUGCCCUCUGCUUGGCGGACAGCUGACUUGCUUGGGAGGUCCUAGAACUUGGGGGUGGGGGGGUCUGGAGAUCCAGCCGCAAGGCUGGGUGAGGUAUUGGCUUGGAGCUUAGUAAGGAUUCCCCAGAGAGCGCGUAACUCCUGAAGCCGGUCCGAAGGGCUGUUUCUGCACCACUUUUUCAUUGCUGCUCCUGUAGCCUUCGGGACCCAGAACAUUUGGGAAAAGGGGAGGUGGUGACAUCACGUCCAGAGAUCGAGGCAGGGAGCUGGAAAACUCCCCCUUCCCCAUUGAUCUUCGUUCCUAGCGUUUCCUGGCCACAUCCGCUGUUAAUCUGUGGAUGAAGUUGGCUGGGUCCCCUUCUCGGCGUCUCCCCUGGAGGGUGGCUGCACCGAUGCCUCCUGCCAGCGGCAGGCCCACAGUACCCGGGACUUAGGGCUGCUGCGUUGUCUGCAGCCGCCACCAUCGGACUCCAUGCUCCUAGGAGCGUCUUGGUUGUGCGCUUCCAAAGCCGCUGCAGCGCAGAACGAAGGAGAAGAGGAAAGGCAAGGGGAGAGAAGGAGGAGGCGAGCAGCAGCCGCAGCAGCAGUAGCAGCAGGAGAAGAGAUGGACGAGUCCUCCUUGCUGGAUUUACUGGAGUGCUCGGUGUGCUUGGAACGUCUGGACACUACUGCCAAGGUGCUUCCGUGCCAACACACCUUCUGCCGCCGCUGUCUAGAGAGCAUCGUCUGCUCUCGCCACGAGCUGCGCUGCCCCGAGUGUCGCAUCCUGGUGGGCUGUGGGGUGGAUGAACUGCCUGCCAACAUCCUGCUCGUCAGGCUGCUAGAUGGCAUCCGCCAGAGACCCCGAGGCAGCGGCGGGGGAGGUGGAAGCAGCAGCUGCAGCAGCAACGGGAAUAGCCCCACGGCCCGAGGUCAUGGUCCUAUCCCAGCAGGAGUGGGUGGAGGAGGUGGAAGCAAUGCCCCGGGGUCCCCAGCCUAUCACCCAGCCGCCGCCGCAGCCGCCGCCACCAUCUCCGGGGGCACCAGCGCAGCAGCCAGUCUUCGAGAGCUUGCCGCAGCUAGCAGGAGCGCCCUACUGGGAAAGAAUAUUUCCCAACUUCCUUGUGGCAAAGCCCUCUAUAGCUAUGAGGGGAAAGAACCUGGUGAUCUCAAGUUUAACAAGGGAGACAUCAUCAUCCUGCGUCGAAAGGUGGAUGAGAACUGGUACCAUGGGGAGCUGAAUGGAAACCAUGGCUUCUUCCCUGCCAGCUAUAUUCAGUGCAUCAAGCCCUUACCACAAGCCCCACCCCAGGGCAAAGCACUUUAUGACUUUGAGAUAAAGGAUAAAGAUCAGGACAAGGACUGUUUAACUUUCACCAAGGACGAAAUCUUGACUGUAAUCAGGAGAGUCGAUGAUAACUGGGCAGAAGGAAUGCUGGGAGAUAAGAUUGGAAUUUUCCCUCUCCUCUACGUGGAGCUCAACGAAUCCGCCAAACAGCUUAUUGAGAUGGACAAGACAUGCUUAGCUGCUGCAUCUGGCUGCGAUGUCUCCCUGCCAUCUGACACCAACAUGGCAGGCAAUCUGGCCCAGUGUUCUACCUUAAGCAGCUCGGGAGCAGUCAGUGCCAUUCAGCGGCGUAUCGAUGGCAAGAAGAAUGCCAAGAAACGCCACUCCUUCACUGCCCUCAGUAUGACGCACAAAUCCUCCCAGGCUAUGAGCAAUAGGCAUUCCAUGGAAAUUAGUGCUCCUGUUUUGAUCAGCUCUAGUGAUCCCCGGGCUGCUACCAGAAUUGGAGAGUUGGCUCACCUUUCAUCCAGUGCUCCAGCCCAGGACUCUUCUUCAGCUGGAUGUGCUACUGUGGCUGGACCCCGGACAAGUGCAGUUGCUGGAGAACAGGGAACAUCCCCAAAGGUCCAGCUGCCCCUCAAUAUAUACCUAGCACUUUAUGCAUACAAGCCCCAGAAGAAUGAUGAGUUGGAACUGCGGAAGGGGGAGAUGUAUCGAGUCACUGAGAAGUGUCAAGAUGGUUGGUUUAAGGGAACAUCUCUGAGAACUGGGAUCUCUGGAGUCUUCCCAGGAAACUAUGUGACUCCUGUUUCCAGGGUCCCUAUAGGAGGAGCUGGACAACCUCGGAAUAACAUCCCUGGAGGGUCACCAUUGGCUAAGGGGACGGCAGGAGCUGCUCUCCCAGGAGGUGGGAGCCUGACCAGCCCAGCCACUACUGUCAGACCCAUUGUUCCACUCACUGCACCUCAGACCCAUCCCCAGCACCAAGCAGCUUCUCCUCCAAUGAGCAAUUGUCUGAGGCAUUCAGCUCAACAAGCAGCCAGCCAAGCUCGAAGUGCCAUGCAGAUAGCCGCCCACAGUUCUGCUCAAUCUCAAGACCGGCCUACUGCCACAGUAUCUCCUCUACGGACCCAAAGCUCUCCAUCCCGCCUGCCAGCCACAGGGAUCAGGCCACACACCAUUGUGUCUCCACAGCACCUCCACCAGUCUCCGAUUCAGGUCAUCUCCGGAGCACAAUGCCCCAGGCCUGUCAUCCCCCUCACAUCAGCAGCCUCAGCCAUCACACCUCCUAAUGUCAGUGCAGCCAACCUGAAUGGAGACAUGGGCAGUGGGCCCAUCGGUAGCUUGAUGACUUCCAGCCCAACCAACACAGCCUGCAAAACAGAGGAGAAAAAGAAUGAAAAGAAAGAGAAGAAAAGCGGAUUGCUAAAACUUCUAGCAGGAGCAUCUACCAAAAAGAAGUCCCGCUCACCCCCAUCUGUGUCCCCGACUCAUGACCCCCAGACAGCAGCUGCUGAGGGAGCUCUCCAGGGUGCUGUGGGACCUGAAGUGUCAUUGCUGUCUAGCCAUGGAAGGGCUGGCUCCUGCCCAAUCGAGAGUGAGAUGCAAGGGGCUAUGGGGAUGGAACCACUGCACCGGAAGACUGGGUCUUUGGAUCUGAAUUUCUCCAUAUCAUCUCCAGUUAGACAGCCUCUUCCUUCUAUGGCAGCCAUCCGUCCAGAACCCAAGCCAUUGCCCCGAGAAAGGUACCGAGUUGUGGUCUCCUACCCUCCACAGAGCGAGGCUGAGAUUGAGCUGAAAGAAGGCGACAUUGUGUUCGUGCACAAGAAGAGAGAGGAUGGCUGGUACAAAGGGACAUUACAGAGGAAUGGGAGGACGGGCCUCUUCCCUGGAAGCUUUGUUGAAAGUUUCUGAUGAGGACUGGCUGGCUUUCUCCCCCUAGCAUCCACCACCAUUCUCCAAACCAAAAGACCUUCCAGAGGAAAUUUCCAUAGCACAAGAAAAGCAAACAAAGGGACUUCACUGUUCUCCAAAUCACCAUCCCUUCCAAAGACACUCCCAGGCCUUUCUGCUCUGAAGGCCUAGGGCUGCCGCUGUGUCUCUAUAACCAGGGGAUGCCUUGGACCAGGCAGUGGGCAAGAACCCAGGGCUAGACACUAACUGAGAGAACACAGCUUUGGAUUGUGUGUCAACUUAAAUGCCAACUCCCUUUGUGUAAAUUAUAGAAAGAAAAUAUCUUUUAAAAAGAAAAUAAGAAGAAAGUUGAUUUAUUGCUGUAACUUAUUUUGUUGGAGCUGUAGUGCUCUUGUUUCCUGCCUAUGCAAGAUGGAUUUGAGGGUCCAGGAGAGCUGCUGGGAAGCAUUGAAAACAAGCCACAUUGGUUUGAUGCUUCUUUGGGGAGGAAGUGACAUAGGUAGAGAAGCAUUUAGGGAGAAUUCCCAUUCAGGCAUUGCCCUGGAAGAUCCAGUGGGGAACCCAAAUUGUUAAUGUCACCCUUUCUAUAUACCUCAGUAAUCUGCUGCCUAAUCAUUCAGCAAGGGUGCUCAGAGAAGGGGAGGUAUUUUUCAUCUGAAGAAGAGAAGGGGGGAGGAUUGCAGAACUGCCCUGGGCAGGGCCUCCCCUAAACUAGAGAUCCCCAGGUGGCUUUGGGUUGUUUUGGGGGGGAGGGGGGUGGGGAAUCCUUUCUGUGUGUUUCCUCUCAGUAGUAUAUGCAGCAAUUUUUGUUUUUACCCUCCAGUAUCACCUUUUUUUCUUAUGGCAUACCUUUUUAUGUAAAAGCUAUUAGACUUUAUAUAUUUCUAAUAGGUCAUACAUUUCCUAUUUUUUCAUACAUCUGGUGCUGCCUUUUGGUAAAACUAUGAAUGACUUGGUUUUGCUUAAAAGAGAAUGUCAGUGGAGAGAGAGAGAGAGAAAAUAAAGAGAGAAAGCGAGACAUCAAACAUGUAGACAUUUUUAUAUUUACCAUAUGAACUUUGGAACAUACCAACAAGUCCAUGUCCUGGAGAUCAAAACCUUGGCUGAUGUUUCAUGGAGCAAGUGAGAGAAUCCAUUUGGGUGGUAGGGGGAGACGACCUGAAAAAAGCCAAUUUCCUUAAACCCUUACUGAAACCCCAUGCUCUGUCUAGACAGUGACAAUUAUUCAAGAAAUGGGAGCAUUUCCAGCAGAAGGGAACCAUUUUAACUGACUUUUACGUGGCCAUAAAAAGAACACUGCAGGUCCACUCUGGCCCAAGAUGGUGGAAUUUUCCUCUCACUCAAUCAGAGGGGAAUGUCAAUGGUUGUAAUUAGCAUUCUCAAAAUGUGAUUUCUUAUGUCAAAAAUGUACAGUUCUCAACCAUUGUGCAGAUUCACAGCUUGGUUAAGAUUUCACUGGAGAUGAACAAUAUCAUUCUCUACCACACACUGCACACUUCCCUCUACCAGGGACUAAAAGGUGCAAUAAAUGCUAGCAAGUAGAUUCAAUUUUGUAUCACAAAACAAACAUGGAAAAGAAAUCUAAUAGUGUUACUCUGUAGGAUUCUGGGAUAGGGAGUAGAGGAAGGGAUGGAAGAAAGGAAAGAUAACAGGAAGCUUUGAUUAUACUGAAGUGGUUUUAAGAGAACAAUAUCUAUGAAAAAAUAUUCAUUUUUCUGUCCAGAAGACUGAUUAUAGAUAAGCCAUUUGAAACCACCUGAGUGGUCACAUCUAGAAGGUGGUCUUGUUCUAAAGAGACUUGUUUUCCAAAUGAUGUUUUCAUCUAUAGAAGAAUAAAAAUUCGCAUGUUCCCCAUCCUUAAAAACAAACCCUCCAACUUAGGUUGAACUGCAUAAAUUUGUCCUUAGGAACGUAGGGUUUCCUUGGCUUUCAUGGAUGUGACAAACAAAUUCCAGACAGUCAGCCUCCCGCCAGACAUGGUGCCUUUGAAAUACUGAGCUGUUAUUUUCAGAUCUCAUAUUUUUGGAUGGUUCAGUGGCUAUUUAUUACUGUUGGGUGGUAACCAACACCAAAAGGAUCCUGUUAUUGUCAGGAGGAAAAGGACUUCUUUCCCUCUUUCCAGCUGAUAGCAGACUUAAGAAAUUUGUUCCUUUAAAAAAAAAAGUUGGGGAGGGGGCUGGUCUAAAAAUAGAGAGCCCUGCCUGUGGAAUUGAUCAAAACCAGCACAUCUCCAUCAGGGAUGAUAAAUUAGUUGAUUAGCAAGCAAAACUGCCAAAAAGGCAUUUGUGUGUAUAUAAAAAUCAUAUCACUAUACAAAAUGUGUAUUGAUUGAUAGAGACACCUAAAUGAUAAACACAGGCAACUCUCCUCUCUAGUGAAAGCUUGGAUAAUCAAUACCUUCAGAUAAUUCAAAAACCUUACUUCUCAAAUAUUCUAUGAGGAGAGCAGCUAAGAAGUAAAUGAAGAUUCUGGUGUGAAUUUUAUUUUCUCUCUGCCCCUACUCACGUGAUGCUUUUAAAAAGCAGAAAUAUGGCCAUGAGAAAAAAAGGAAACUUAUAUGACUGGCACAAUGAAUAUUCAAUUAGCCCAUGAAAUAAAUAACAGUUAAGAGAGUUGGUUAUUCCUAACACCAUCAAAUGUGUGUGGAUACUUUAUUGGGUGAAGAGGAAAGGGGAAGAAUGACAAUUGUUAUCUUCAUUUAAAAAGAAAAAUGAAGAAAGAAGACUGAUUCCUUGCAGACCUCUUUGUAGUCAGCCUCACCUCCAAGAGUCCCAGACUGCAAAUUUUAGAAGGCUCUUAAUCUCAUAGGACCAAAGCCAGAACAUAUGGGGAAGGAGGAAAUACACAACCAGCAUCAGUGUUUUGCAAUCAGUGUUUUGAGCACAUUUGUGACAGUCUUAGUUAAUGGAAACUUAAACCACAAAAAACAAUAACAACAAAAAAAAAACAAAGUGUCACUUUUUUGGGGGGAGGGGAGGGUGGGGGUUACCUUGCCUUGAAGAAUCUGUAACGGUAUUGUCUUGGUGUUUGAUAUAUUGAAACCAUACACCUUAUUUGCAGCCCCUGUUUCUGGUUUUAUUGAAUAGUUCAUUUGUUAUAAUUGUUGAGUAAUUUUUCAUUGUUGUUGCUGUUGUUGGCCAAACUGAUACCAUUUGAGCAGCAGCACAGUCUGGAAUGUAUAAGCAACCAGCAAAUGAUAGAAGUGUAGUCCUGGGCUGCCAAGGACAUCCUGCACCUCCAGCAGGGAUGAGCUGCAGCCUGGCUCUAGACUAAAGUGAAUGCAAGAAAGGAAGAUAUGCAAAGUAGAGAAUGUGCAUGUACUUCCUACCUUCAAAGCAAAAAGCAUUCUUCUGGCAAACAUCAGUAUCAUUUUAUAAAAUGCCAAGUUUGCUCUACUCAGAAUGGUCUCAGCUAACUGAUCCCCAACAGUUUCUUUGUACUUUGCACAGCUCAGAAAACGUUUUUUUGUUAUACCCGAGUGUCAGCGUGUGAUUUAAGAAACAUUGACAGUGAUGGUUACAAAUGAACUAUGAUGACUGUGUUCUGAGUCUUUAAAUAAAAAUGAAUAUGGAAAAA